AUCGACCAAGAUGAUGCGAUUAUUACUGAACAACGUUGGAGGCCUGAAGAGGUUUUGCAGCAGCCCGAAGUUGUCGCUUACAUCAAUCAGGAAAAGUCAUAUUGCUGCACAAAACGCCGAGAGGAGCAACAGUGAAGUAUAUGCUGAAGGUGACUGUAUAGAAGGAUUCAUUGUUAAGAGGAGAUACGAUGUCCCCGAUUUGUUCCUCAAGUGUAUAGAACUAGAACAUGUGAAGAGUGGCGCCGAAUACUUACAUUUGCAACGAGAAGAUAGUAAUAAUGUGUUUGGUAUCGGCUUCAAAACCAUUCCAUUCGACUCAUCUGGCGUCGCUCACAUUUUGGAACACUUGGUGCUUUGUGGCAGUGAGAAAUAUCCUUGUCGUGACCCAUUCAUGAAAAUGCUCAAUCGGUCUCAAGCAACCUACAUCAAUGCAUUCACAGGUCCAGACUAUACUUUCUAUCCUUUCUCCACAAUGAAUAAUUCCGAUUACAAAAAUUUGAUGUCUGUCUACUUGGAUGCAGUUUUCCGACCAAAGCUUCGAAAUCUAGAUUUCCUACAAGAGGGUUGGAGACUUGAGAAUGAAACUAUUGAUGACCCCAACUCUCCCAUUAUUUUCAAAGGUGUUGUUUUCAAUGAAAUGAAAGGGGCUUUUUCAGAAAAUGUUAAUGUAUUCUACAUGAAUGUACUCAACAAUCUAAUGCCUAGUCACACAUACGGUGUGGUGAGUGGAGGUGAUCCUCUGAAGAUACCUUCAUUAACAUAUGAUAAUCUGAAAAGGUUCUAUUCUGAUUAUUAUCAUCCAAGUAAUGCCAGAUUUUAUUCGUAUGGUAACUUCCCGCUCAGACAUAAUCUCAGAUUCAUUAAUGAGGAAUAUCUUUCGAAAGUAGACAAAGUUGAGUCAAAAAAGAGUGAGGUACCGUCAGAGUCAAGAUGGCUAGAACCUAAAAGAAAACAUAUCUAUUGUCAAAAAGAUGUUAUGGCAGACCCAGAAAAACAAUCAUAUAUCGAUAUUAGUCAUGCGUGUUGUGAUAUAACAGACAUUCAAGAAUGUUUUGUUCUAGAAUUAGUUUCGACUCUACUACUGGAUGGCCCCAAUUCCGCUCUUUACAAGUCUCUUGUUGAACCAGGAAUUGCAUCUGGGUUCAACCCAGUCACGGGAUUCACCAAUUUCACCAAAACUACUGCUUUAAAUGUAGCUCUACAAGGCUUGAAUGAUAAAGACUUUGAUUGGGCUAUUAAUACUUUUGAUAAAAGCAUUGAGGAGGUGAUAGAGAAGGGUUUUGAUCAGAGACAAUUAGAAGGUAUUCUUCAUAACAUUGAAUUGAGUAUCAAACAUCAAUCAGAAGAUUUUGGUAUAAAGAUGUUAACUUUUGUGAACUCUGUUUGGAAUCAUGGUGGCAGUGUCCAUACCCUCUUGAACGUCAACGACCGCUUAACUUCACUGAAGAAGGAUAUGACAGAUGAUUCAAAAUACCUACAGAAAAUUGUUGAAAAAUAUUUGAAGAAUAAUUCACAUCGCUUGAUUCUCACAAUGUCCCCGAAAGAAAAUUUUGAUUCUAUUCUUCAACAAGAAGAAAGUGAUUUACUCAAAACAAAGAUUGAAAGUUUGGAGGAAAAAGAUAUUGAAGCUAUGCGAAGUACAAACCUGUUAUUGAAAGAUCAUCAAGAUAAAAAGGAUGAUGUCUCUGUUCUUCCGACUCUAACCAUGGCUGACAUCAACAAAGAAAUAGAAAGAGUUGAUUUGAAAAAUAUAACUUUGUCUGGUGUACCUGUCCAAAUGAGUUUGCAGCCAACCAAUGGUUUGGUGUAUGUGCGUGGGCUAAUCAAUGCGCAUCACUUGUCUGAUGAAUGUAAACUAAUGCUUCCACUAUUCUGCCAUGUGGCCACCGAAAUGGGCACAGCUUCGAAAGAUUAUAGGGAAAUGGACCUUCUUAUUAAAUCUGUUUCUGAAUCGUUCAACUUCUCACACAACAUUGUAGAAAGCUUGAACAAUGUUGGAGGGUUUGAAGAAUCUGUAAUGUUCUCAUCAUUUUGUUUGAAUAGAAAUCUUGAAGAGAUGUUGAGCUUAUGGCUAGGACUCUUUCAUUAUAUGGCGGUCGAUCAAGCAGAACGAUUCAAAACCCUGGUGACUAUUCUAGCAGCUGAUUGCCUCAAUGGAAUUGCAGAUCAAGGUCAUGCUUAUUCAAUGAACUUAGCAUCAAGUCUUGUAAGCCCAGCUUUUCAAAGAAAGGAGCUUUCGUCUGGUAUAACAUAUGUCAAGAAACUCCAGGAAAUAGCUCAGAGUGAUCCUGAAGAGAGUCUUCAUUUCAUUAGGAUAAUUUCAUCUCAACUUCUCAAUAAGGAGCGAUUGAGAACAGCUUUAAAUUUCUCACCACCUGAUGAAGACAAUGUAUUAAAACACCAUUCAUCAUUCUGUGACGCUUUGAGUGGAUCAUUCAGAGAAUCUAAUUACGAGACUUUCGACUCAUUGAUUGCCGAUUCGUCAAACAAAGGAGUACAUCACGUGAUUCCUUUCCAGAUAGGCUACGCAGCUAAAUCAUGUGUAACUGUUCCAUUUGAGCACAGUGAUUUUGCUCCACUGCGGGUUUUGUGCCAGUUAUUAUCAGCUAAGUAUCUCUUACCAGUUGUUCGUGAAAAAGGAGGUGCUUAUGGAUCUGGAUGCAGAAUCACAAAUGGAGGUGUCAUCAAUUUUUUCUCAUAUAAAGAUCCAAAUCCAGUUCAAAGUCUUGAUGUUUUUGAUCAAUCUCUGACUUGGUUGAUGAAGAAAGAAUUCUCGAAGAACGAUAUUCAAGAAGCCAAGUUGGGUGUAUUCAAAAGUCUUGACCUACCAGUGCCACCAGGUAACAAAGGUCUCUCGGCAUUCAUCUCUGGUCUCAGUGAUGACAAAUUGCAAAGGCACAGGACGUCCUUAAUAAAUGUAUCUGAAGAAGAUGUCAUGAGAGCUGCUCAGAAAUAUCUCAAUUUGGAUUCUAAUCUGCCCGAAGGAAGAGCAGUGAUUGGACCGUUGAACAAGAAUGUUUUAAAAAGGAGCAACGAAUCGUGGCAAAUAAUUGAAUAAGAAAGUUUUGCUAUAAUGAUGAUUUCAACAUCCAUCAAAUCUUAUCUUGUUUUUCUAAUAUUAUGUUCAAAUUUUUCUCAAUACUUAGAUUAUUCUUAUUCAAUAUUUACAUUCAUGCAAUCAAAACUUCAGUUAUUUCAUAUGAUGAUUUAUCACUAAAUCAGCUAAUUAAAUCUUUUUAUUACGUUACAAUACUCUUGUAAAUUGAGAAUAUGUGGUGUUUCAGUUGGAUACAAUUUGAAAAUUUUACAAAAUUGUUUAGAUCUUUAGAUUGUAAAAUUGUUUGUCAAUCU